AUGGCUGCUUUGGCACUGACUGCAUCUGUGAGGACACGGCUGCUGGAGGGUUGUGACACGAGUUGCAGUGGAGACACCAUGGCUGGGCGCACUCACCUCCUCCUCAGCUGCAGCACCACCUCCUCAGUGGAACACUCACCUCCUCCUCAGCUGCAGCACCACCUCCUCAGUGGAACACUCACCUCCUCCUCAGCUGCAGCACCACCUCCUCAGUGGAACACUCACCUCCUCCUCAGCUGCAGCACCACCUCCUCAGUGGAACACUCACCUCCUGCUCAGCUGCAGCACCACCUCCUCAGUGGAACACUCACCUCCUGCUCAGCUGCAGCACCACCUCCCCAGCGGAACUCACCUCCUGCUCCGCUGCAGCGCCACCUCCCCAGUGGAACACUCACCUCCUGCUCAGCAGCAGCACCACCUCCUCAGUGGAACACUCACCUCCUGCUCAGCUGCAGCACCACCUCCCCAGUGGAACACUCACCUCCUGCUCAGCAGCAGCACCACCUCCCCAGUGGAACACUCACCUCCUGCUCAGCUGCAGCACCACCUCCCCAGUGGAACACUCACCUCCUGCUACGCUGCAGCACCACUUCCCCAGUGGAACACUCACCUCCUGCUCAGUUGCAGCACCACCUCCCCAGUGGAACACUCACCUCCUGCUCAGCUGCAGCACCACCUCCCCAGUGGAACACUCACCUCCUGCUCAGUUGCAGCACCACCUCCCCAGUGGAACACUCACCUCCUGCUCAGCAGCAGCACCACCUCCUCAGUGGAACACUCACCUCCUGCUCAGCUGCAGCACCACCUCCCCAGUGGAACACUCACCUCCUGCUCAGCAGCAGCACCACCUCCCCAGUGGAACACUCAGCUCCUGCUCAGCUGCAGCACCACCCCCCCAGUGGAACACUCACCUCCUGCUACGCUGCAGCACCACCUCCCCAGUGGAACACUCACCUCCUGCUCAGUUGCAGCACCACCUCCCCAGUGGAACACUCACCUCCUGCUCAGCAGCAGCACCACCUCCCCAGUGGAACACUCACCUCCUGCUCAGCUGCAGCACCACCUCCCCAGUGGAACACUCACCUCCUGCUACGCUGCAGACCCCUCCUCUGCAGCACCACCUCCCCAUUGGAACACUCACCUCCUGCUCAGCUGCAGCACCACCUCCCCAGUGGAACACUCACCUCCUGCUCAGCAGCAGCACCACCUCCCCAGUGGAACACUCACCUCCUGCUCCACUGCAGCACCACCUCCCCAGUGGAACACUCACCUCCUGCUCAGCUGCAGCAGCACCUCCCCAGCGGAACACUCACCUCCUGCUCUGCUGCAGCACCACCUCCCCAGUGGAACACUCACCUCCUGCUCAGUUGCAGCACAACCUCCCCAGUGGAACACUCACCUCCUACUCAGUUGCAGCACCACCUCCCCAGUGGAACACUCACCUCGUGCUCAGCUGCAGCACCACCUCCCCAGUGGAACACUCACCUCCUGCUCAGCAGCAGCACCACCGACCCCGCUGGAACACGCAGCAUCUAA